UUCUCACCCUCACUCCCUGGCUCAACGCCGCCACGCUCCCCGAUCUCUGGCCGCCGCCUGCUCCGGCGAUUGGAUCCGGGUCCCUCUCCCCCCGAAACCACCGCCGCCGAGCCCCGAGCGCAGCGACGCCCCCGCUCCGUCCUAGUAUCUCCCGCCGCCGAGCCCAGUCAGGCCGUCAGACCAACUCCGGUCCGAUCCUUCGCGCCACAGACGCCGACGACGCUGCCGCCCCCGAUCCACCUCUUCCCCGAGCCCUAACAGCUGCAGCACUUCGACGCCGACGCCACCUCUGCCCGCUUUCCGUCAAGCUCGGAUAGGAAGACAAGGAUUUCGUCCCUGCCGUCGCCAGCGGCCUCUACCAGACCUCAUCCUCCUCCGUCCAGCAGACGGCGAUGGCGGCGAGGGCACUCGGGCUCGCUGGCCGAGCGCUCCUGCGACCGGUCGCCUCACCAGGCACCCAACGGCUGCUGUCGACUGACAAGAACUCACUGCAGGGCCUUACGAACGGCGAUCCGGUGAGCCGCCUCAUGCAAACACGGAAGCAGAAUGACAGCAUUUACCGUCGCUUUGCUGAAAAUGAUUUCACAGGCGGCGGUAGCAGGUCUGGCCGAUUAAACAUGGAAAUAACGUGGACAGCGGCUCCGCGAGUAAAGAUGGAUGUUCUACACAUCACACCCAAGGAGAAAAAGACCUUUGUGACCGUGACGGACGUCAAGGAGAACAGGAAGGCCGGGGCUUCUGCUGGCUGCUUGGAGGAUCGUAAAGGGCGGUCUCGUCUUGCUCGGUGCGCCGGUGAAGCAACAGGGAAACACAUGGGGCGAUCCGCCAGCACGAUUGGCCUCAAGUCGAUCGUCGUGAAAGUGAAAGGAUGUUCCUUUUUCAGGAAGAAGAAGAAAGUGCUCUUGAGCUUUGCAGCCGGUUCCCGAGGUGAAAGAGUGAGGAGCCUUUCUCCUAAAUAAGCCCUUCACCUGCAGGAACAAGCAAGAAGAGUGAAAAUCAAUAUCCUGUCGGAAGGAGAAGCAAAAAGAUCGACUGGUUCCCAAAUAACAUGAUGAGCCUACAAGUAUUUAUGAUUAUUAGACAGUCUUAGAUCGGCUCUUGUAUAAGACAUAAACAUUUUGUUAUUUCCUGUAAUCCUGCUGAAUUGAUGUCUUUGUUUUGAUCUGACAUGGUUGCAGUUUCCUCUUUUUGUGGAUUA